AUGUCGGACAGAGAGUACAUAGACUCUGAGGGAUAUUCGAACAGUGACUAUUUCACGGACGAUGAAAAUUAUGACUCACAGGAUGCAUCUGAUCAGAUGGCGUCAAGCGGAAACAUGCCCGAGCUAUUCACUGUGCAGACAGGGCCGUGCGAGGGCGACUAUGAUAGAAUCGAUUUGCUUAUCAGACAGGCCAAAAUGCUUAGCCCGAGUGUAUCCGAAACACAAAAAGAAGCACUAUUUGCGCACAUUGUGGCGCGGUCUGAGGCUGAGGGGAUAGAGACAGAUCCGUGGAUUACGUCAUUUUUCUCUGUUCUAAAGUAUCCAGAAGCAAAAUCUAUGCUGCUUCCAAAGGUUGACGCCGCUAUUCGAAAGCUGCCAGAGUACGAGGAGAUGGAUAUUCUCAUUUCAGCAAGAUUUGCAAACGUCCCAGAGGAGAUUAUGUAUGAGAUGUAUGAGGCAUUCCCUGCCGCAUGCAUGCACAGCAAAGACCAAAAAAUCCUUCUGCUCUCUUUGGAAAGGCCCGUGCAGAAGGAAGAGGAGGCGGAGAUUAAACGGAUCUUCCCGAAAUUCAAGUUCACAAAUAGUGGAAAGCUAUUCCCAAUACACACAGAAGAGAUCUUUUUAAUUUUAAACAAUGAAAAGCCAGCCUUCAGCUGCAGUGCAAUAGAUGAUAUAACAAUCAAAGGAUAUAUUUUAAACAAAGAAAGAAUAAUUGCAUUUAUUGAGGCAAUGAAAGUGUAUUACGCAUAGUACACCAAUUAGUCUGCAUGACAAUUUUUCUAAAUCUUAGCACUCUUUUAUUGCUCCAUUAGAAGUUCCGUUAGAAAUAAACUGGU